CCGGAACAACGCAUGGAUCCAGUAGUAGGCGCGCGUGCAAUGGCGGUACUUCUUAACAAGUCUGCGCCGGCCGCGGUGCACUACCCCUGCAUCAACCACUUCCGACAGUGUUUGGACACCCCUGACAACGAGGUGUUCGCGUCAUGCGUGUCUGUCCUUCGCGGCGUAUGGGGCGGAGCCAACGGUGGCGAUGCGGGUGGUUUAUGGGCACGCGCUUUGGCGGCGAGAGUGGCGGCGCGCGCGGCGGCGGCGAGGAACCCUAGGGACAUGGCGCACACGAGAGCGGCUAUAGCUGCACUUACGGCUUUGGAUGAAUUAGUAGCGGCUGCACCGGAUGACUCACGUAAGUUUUACAUUGUAAAGCCUGGUCUGUGAGCACGUAUAAUUUUGUCCAAUGACCCCAAGCUACCCAUGCUUAUCGCUCGCGUGUAAUUAUAUUGCUGUCGCGACUGUGCGACGGGCGCCCGCAGUGAGUGUGCGAGCGCGGCAGCAACAUAAUUACGCGCGAGCGAUAAGGGUGGGUAGCUUGGGGUCAUUGGA